ACAAUCCUGACUGCAGAGAGGGGGACGCGGAGACGCGCGUCGUCAAUAGCUUUAUUUGCAUAUCCGAGCAUACGCCACCGUACACAUGCUGGGGCAACGAACAGUGAAGACGCUACAGACAGACCGGUCAAUACCGACAACUUAAAGGAUACAAUAAUGCCGAGCCGUCCACCCCGCGACUAGGCUGGACGGCAAGCGGUGCAUCUCUGAGAGACGCUGAGGGAAACGGCAGGGUAUCCUCCCAUUUCCACGUUUACAUUUGAGCCUGUCCUCACUCUCUGUUGUGUUUCUUUGGACAUGUCCUCGCUAAAUAUAGACUACGACGAAGACCAGAGAUGGGUUCCUACACACGUCCAGGUCACCGUUCUGCGGGGCAGGGGCUUGCGGGCGAAGGGCAAACACGGUACCAGCGACGUCUACACCAUUAUCCAGGUGGGCAAGGAGAAAUACUCCACUUGUGUUCUGGAAAAGACCACUGUUCCCGAAUGGAAGGAGGAAUGUUCUUUCGAGUUGUUACCGGGUGUUCUGGAGCAGGUUGGGGACGGGGGCGCAUACCCUCCCGGGAACAGCGACUUGGUCCUGACGGUGAUGCACCGGGCGCUCAUGGGACUGGACGUGUUUCUGGGCCAAGCCGUGAUCCCCCUGGAUAAGGUGUUUCAGGACAGAAUAUGCAUGAAAAACGAGUAGGUUUCAUUUUUUUUUGAGGUUUGAAGUAUUUUUGCUGUAUAUUCCAUUUGAUUUCAGCGCUUCGGGGAGACGAGAGAACACCGGCCCUGUCCUGCAUGGUGGUCUGUUCUAGAAACAGUCUCGCAGUGUUUCAAAGAGAUUUUUUUUAAACUACCCAAAGCCUUACAUUGUACGACAACAUUAGUCAACUUUACCUUUCUUUUAAUGGGGU